CAAGGACUUCCUCUCGCUUGCCAUUCAUUGAUUCGGCGUUUACGAAGAGACGUUCCUCCAACCAAUCAGCGCCCAGGCUGCUCCAGCCGCCUCAUUCCCUUGCGCGUGCCACUCUUCAGGGGGCCUGAGAGAUGGCCCAGAAACUCCUCAGGCCACUACGGUCUGUCCCUCUCAAGCAUCUCUCUGUGCCACUUUGGUCUCCGCCUUCGUCGCUCCUCUCCAGGGUGUCCGCUGUGCCAUGCCAUACCUGCUUGUGCAGUUCCUUUCCUGCUACUGCUGUACCUGCUGCAACUUCUAGGACAUUUUCUACUACUCAGGUCUUCAGAAACACCUUUAAUGUCCAGGAUGGGGAUGACUUCCAAGACAGAGUUUUGAAGAGUCAGAAGCCAGUGGUGGUAGACUUUCAUGCGCAGUGGUGUGGCCCCUGCAAGAUCCUAGGGCCCAGACUAGAAAAGAUGGUGGCAAAGCAGAAGGGCAAAGUACUGAUGGCAAAAGUGGACAUUGACGACCACACAGAUCUAGCCCUUGAAUAUGAGGUUUCGGCUGUGCCUACAGUCUUGGCUCUGAAGAAUGGCAGUGUGGUGGAUAAAUUUGUGGGGAUCAAGGAUGAGGAUCAGCUGGAAGCCUUCCUCAAGAAACUCAUUGGGCCUUGAGCAAGAAGGGCAGCAGUUACUGAGGCCUCUUGCAUUUUGUCCUUCUUGUGUGAUUGCUUGGAGGGGGGUGUGGGCUGGAGGGGAGUGGGCAAUAACUUCUUCUCCCCUCCUGCUCGGUGGGGGGUGGGGGGCAGCAACACUCCCAAGAGGUUCUGAAUUUGUUGGGAAGGCUGGUCCCUUGGUGGUGGAGGUACGGCCCACUGCUUAUUAUCCACUAGCCAGUGGCAAGAAAGGCAGGACUCCUGCUGAAGGAGAGAAGUCUUCUUAUCCACCCUAGUUCUGGCUACAAUCAACGUAGUUAAUCGUUGCUGCCUAUGAGAAGGGGGCAGAUCUUGAACAAAAUUCUGCCAUCUUGCAUUAUCUCUCAGAUGUUUGUCCUGACCUGAGCGUGGUACUGGCUGAGGUGAAAUCACCUGCCUGGGGUCUUGUUUAAACUGGGCUGCAACACCUAGCUGCUUCAGGCAGCUAGAAGGCUAGUCCAGAUGAGAGGCCAGGUAAAUGCUAAUAGCAUCCAUGAGCAAGUGCUUUUGCCCCGUGUUUCAGUCAGGUCUGUAUUCUCUGUCUACAGGAAGUUUUAAAUCAGUUUGUUGUUCUUGGUAUGCUACCCAGCCCCCGUGUCUUUUCCCCCUGUCCCAGAGUGCUGCUGUUUAUUUACAGAAUGAAGAGAAACAUGAUUUGGAUUUAUUUGUAGAUCUGCAAUAAAGACUGCUGUAGUUCUUUCUGUU